AAGGUAUAAAAGGGUCUGUGUGCAGUUCUGCAGAAGCUUUCGGACGCCUUGGAGAGAAAAGAUAGAACACGGAGAACAUGGCCAAGCUCCUGGGAGCCCCUCUUCUGCUGAUCGUACUGGUCGACUGCGUCUUCAGCAUGACGGCCUAUCAUGAUGAAUUUCAUUCGGCUGGAUUCACAAGAACAGAAAUACGUAAAUGCAGAUGCCAAGUAACCCAGUCUGGCAGAAUAAAGUGCCCCUUUCCCCUCAUACCCACAAAUCAAUCAGAGAAGCUGUCUCUGCAGAGAUGCCUCUGCUGUACAAGAAACCCCAAGAAAAACAGAACCACAAAGACAAACGCAUUCUGUCGCUUCCAGUGUUUUUCUCAAACGCCUUUAUAGAUGAUGGGGCUUAGAAGAUAUAGCAAUGAAGACGUGGGUGUCUUUGUAUGGAGAAAACAAGACAUCAACUGAUGACUGGGAUAUGAUAAAAAAAAAAUCUGUGUAUUGUAUAAUGGAA